UCUGUUCACGUUUUCAGUUUUCAGAUGUAUUAGGCAUAUUUAAUGGUUUUUUUUUUUUAAAAAUACAUAAAGUUUUUCAACACAUUUCGUGUUUUCUGGGUUUUAUGUUGCUUCGUUGACCUCUCCAACAUGGCGGCGGUAACCGUACACCUCGGGACAGGAAGCGGGUCGGCCGCCGCGCCUGCGCACUGGCUCAGCCCGGGUCCCUGUAAAGAUGUCUGAGCAGGCGGGGAGGGAGCGGAGCGGAGGACCCGAAACAAGCGCGCAGAACCUGCAGCUGUCCGAUACUUCCCCGGUCAAGGUAAGAGCAGGCGGCCCUUUAGGUCCGCUCCGACCGCACCGACAAGCGGCGGAAGGCUCCGGGCUCCGGUUGAUCCCGGUUGGAGCCCCGCGGGGCGGCAGGGUUUGCGGAACGGAGCAGAAAUGUUGCGGAGGGCGCGCGGCGCUGUGGCAGGGGCGUGUCCGCCAUCUUGUGAGCUGAGUGGCGCCUGAACUGCAGCUGCGUCUCUGAGCGCGAGCCGAGCGGGCCGCGCCAAAUGGCCGCUAACGGCCGAACCAACGGCGGGCCGCUGCCUCUAUGCGCGUUCACGGCGCUCCGGACCGGUUCGGUGCCGCCGUGGACCCGUACAGACCGCCGCCGUGUCCGUGCGGAGAACCCGGGAACCGGAGGAGCAGCCGCAGCCUUUUGUUGUCCUCCCCUCCUCCCCCUCCCCCUCCUUGUUUGUUUGGAAAGCCUGCCAGGCGCAUGCGUGUAACCAUGGCGCUCGUUUCUGCGUAUGAGAACGAAAACACGAUCAAAGGUAUCGACAGCGCGCGGCAGUUCGUCAGCACACACACGCACACCGAGCCGCUGAUCGAUCACUGUGAUCAGAUGUGAUCAGAUGUGUCCAUGAGGCCGCUGUUUGCCGCCAAAACCAACAGCUCAGCCCGGUGUUACCGAUCAGUCUGUCAGCGUGUCAACCGGAGUCACCGACCGCAACCACUGGACCCGAAAUCAGACGGCAUCUGUCCGAACACGACUGUUAAUAAUCUAUCUGAUCAGCUCCCAGUCCCGUUUCAAUACACUCAUUGAUGAUCAAAGUGGCUGCUUAUUGAUCUUCUGUUGCUCACUAGUCAUCCACCUCCAGCUGAUCAGUGGCACUCAGCAGGGAAGCCCGCCAGAGUAUCGAUCAGAUGAUCGGUAUCAAGGCCCAUAAAUCAGACCCAUGUAUGAUCACAGAAUACUAAUACUUGGUUGGUUCUGUUCUGUUCCCUCAGUUCACUGUGUUGUGUCUGAGUGAAUGUGUUGGACUCACACUGACAGGUACACACAAUGUACACUUGCUCUGAUGUCACACAGACGUCACCUGUCUCUUCUGUCCAGGCAGGUCCAUGUCAUUCUGACGAGCAGUUGAGAUGUCCAAUGACAGCCAGGGAGCGGUGAAGGGGGAGGCGGCCAUGCUGAUCUCUCCCUCAGCCUCCGCCUCCUCUCAGGGACCGCCCCUUUCUCCGUCCACCGCCACUAAAUCACCUGAGCUCCCAGAUGAGCUGGUCCAGGCCGGUUGGUCCAAGUGUUGGUCUCGGAGGGAGAACCGGCCCUAUUACUUCAACAGGUUCACCAAUCAGAGCCUGUGGGAGGUGCCAGUGCUGGGUCAGCACGAUGUCAUCUCCGAUCCUUUAGGUCUGAAUGCCGCUCCUGCAGAGGGCGGAGACAGUAACCUCGGUAACGGCCAGAGGAAGAGGAGGAGCUCUGAAGAGCAGGGGGCGGGGCCUAACAGCUUCAAACGUGCGAAGGUGGAGCCCACCACGCCCAUCUCUCCGAGCACUCCCGGGGUUAAACCUUGGAGCUCCGCCCCCGAGGACAAACAGGCCCAGUCGGCCACACCCACGACCCCAAGCCCCGCCCCCGCGCCGUACCGACCAACAGUGAUCUACUGGGACCUGGACAUCCAAACUAACGCCGUGAUCAGAGAACACGCCCCCGCCGGACACCUGCCCCCCCACCCAGAGAUUGAACUGCAGAGGGCGCAGUUGGUCACCAAGCUGAGACAACACUACCAUGAGCUGUGCCACCAGAGGGAAGGUAUUGAUCCGCCCCGGGAGUCCUUUAACCGCUGGCUGCUGGAGAGGAAAGUGAUCGAUAAAGGUCACGACCCGUUACUGCCGAGCGACUGUGAGCCGGUGAUUUCCCCGUCCAUGUUCAGAGAGGUGAUGAACGACAUCCCCAUCAGGUUGUCUCGCAUUAAGUACAAAGAGGAGGCCCGGAAGCUUCUGUUCAAAUACGCUGAAGCUGCCAAGAAGAUGAUUGAUUCCAGGAACGCCAGUCCGGAGAGCAGGAAGGUGGUGAAGUGGAACGCUGAGGACACCAUGAGCUGGCUGCGCCGAGAUCACUCUGCCAGCAAGGAGGACUACAUGGACCGCCUGGAGCACCUGAGGCAGCAGUGUGGACCUCACGUCGCCGCCGUCGCCAAAGACUCUGUGGAGGGAAUCUGCUCCAAGAUCUACCAGCUGUCUGCAGAGUACAGCCGCCGCCUGCGACAGACACACCUGAGCCUGCUGCAGGACCCGCCCACAGAGGCGUGUGCGUCGCCGCCACAGUCCCGCCUCGUCUACUGUUACCCGGUCCGUCUGUCCGUCCCGUCGCCGCCGCUGCCCCGGGUGGAGCUGCACUUCGAGAACGACGUGGCCUGUCUGCGCUUCAGAGGGGAGAUGGUCAAAGUCAACAGAGGACACUUCAGCAAGCUGGAGCUGUUGUACAGGUACAGCUGUAUAGAUGACCCUCGCUUUGAGAAGUUCCUGUCCAGAGUUUGGUGCCUCCUCAAGAGAUACCAGGUGAUGUUUGGCAGUGGCGCCAACGAGGGGACGGGCCUGCAGGGAGCGCUGCCAGUUACAGUGUUUGAGGCGCUGAACCGACAGUUUGGUGUUUCCUUCGAGUGUUUUGCGUCGCCACUCAACUGCUACUUCAAACAGUUCUGCUCCGCCUUCCCUGACAUCGACGGCUUCUUCGGAUCCAGAGGGCCGUUCCUGUCUUUCUGUCCCGUCAGCGGCUCCUUUGAAGCGAAUCCUCCGUUCUGUGAGGAGCUGAUGGACACCAUGGUGACGCACUUCGAGGACCUGUUGGACCAGUCCUCAGAGCCGCUGUCCUUUAUUGUCUUUGUCCCGGAGUGGCGUGACCCGGUGACGCCGGCUCUGACCCGCAUGGAAGGGAGUCGGUUCCUCCGUCACCAGCUGAGCGUCCCGGCCUACGAACACGAGUACCGCUCAGGCAGCCAGCACAUCUGCAAGAGGGAUGAGAUGUACUACCGGGCAGUACACGGUACUGCAGUACUCUUCCUACAGAACGACGCCGGUUUUGCGAAGUGGGCUCCAACUCCAGAGCGUCUGGCCGAGCUAACGGCAGCAUACCGCCCCUCCUUGUCCCGCACCUCCUCCCUGUCCUCACCUGGCCCUGCCCACAUUGCUCCUGGAGACAGAGACUCCGCCCCCAAGGCCUCUGAUAGGACGCAGAGUGCUGUGGCGUCCCCUGGUGGCCAUGACAACAACAACAAUAAUAAUAACAGCAGCAGCGGCGGCGGCAGCAGCAGCAGUAGCAGUCCUCGAGAAAAGAUGGCCGCUGUGUAGAGGGGACGGGGUUUGUGGUGACCACGCCCCCUCACCUUUCAAAGAGCUGUUUGACAUUUGUGUUUCCUGACCGUCGUCUCGUCUCCAGAUUGUCCCUCACCAGCACCUGUAGCACCCUCAGCUCAUGCCCACAAUGCUCUUCUGUCGCAGUCAGCAGGGGGCGGGGCCUGAUUUAACCCUGUUGUCUGGUUGGCUCACACUGCUUCCCCUCAAUCUGGUUUGUCCCUGCUAACUUCAGAUGAUCUGAUUGGUUGAAACUCUGGAGCUUUACCUUCACCUGCAGCUGACUCAGGUGUGGUUGAGGACCGUAGCCAAUGAGAAGAGGUUAAUCAACAAGCAGCAACUGGUCAGAGCUCCACCAAUAAAAACCUUUUCAUUCACCUGUGAUGUCACGUGUGACGGGACCACUGGACGUCCUCGGAUUGGUCCCCACAACGACGGGCCUCGGUGAUUGGUCGACAAGGCAGCUAUUGUUUCUAUUGGACUCAAGCGGCGUCCCGCUUCUGGCCCCGCCUCCUUGGACAGCGUGGCCGCGGUGGAUUGUGGGAAACAGAUUAUUCAGCAUAUUCUCUGACUGGACGAGGCCAGAACUGGGAGUCGGGUUCAGACUGGUGCGUGAUGACGGACUCCUCAGAGGGGUGGAGUCCUGCUGCAGAGGGGGCGGAGCCACAGGUGGUCCUCCAGUAUGAAGUGUGAUAGGUUGUUUCAGGGUUCAUGCUUCAGGUUCUUUCAUCAUCAGUUUGUGUUUCUUUUCUCCUGUGUACGACUUUUUCAGCGCUUUGUCCUCUUUUCUUAAAUCCCUUAUUUCUUAGUUUCUCUCGUCCUGAGAGCAUUUAGACCUUCUCAACAUAUUAUGUCUUUUUUCUUGAGGUUUUUUAAUUUUUUGCCCAACUUAGCAAAAUAUUAGCCCGACUGAUACUGAAUUUUUGGGGCAGAUGAAGAUUUUUAGGCAUUAAAAGUAUUCAGAUAUAUUGACUUGUGUUCUUUAUCAGUGAGUGUAUUUGUAUGAAUAUAUAUAUAUAUAUAUAUAUAUAUAUAUAUAUAAUGGUUAGAGUUAUCCUGGUAAGAGGGAGUGUUUGGCUAGGCGUUGAUGAACUUUUUUAACCUGCUGACUCCACACUGUGGCUGCUCUGCUACAUGUGCUGCACACGGUGCUGAGAGCUGGAAACAGUGGAGCCGCCCUGCUGGACAAACUGUGACAGAACCAUUUCUAAAUGAUCUUUGUCUGCACUGUUUUCUGUUCAAAGCUUUUCUACUACGCUGAUGCGAUAUACCUGUGAUGAGCUAAUACGGUCCAGUGGUAUUGCUGAGGGACGUAUCGGUCGGGCUCUAGUAUUAACACUUUUUAAACUAAUAUUUCAACCUCCUCUGGACAGAUUCAGUUUUUUGGCUGUUUUCUCUAAUUAUAUGUUAAAUUACAGCGUUUCUCUAAAUGUUAUAUUUUACUAAAAUGUACUCGUCUACGACUUUUUCAACAUUAUGUCCUUUUUUCGUGAAGACUGUCGUUUAUCUGUCCUAAUCUUUCUUUCUCGUAGUUUUAUGAAACUGUUGUUUUAGUAUCACGUUUGUUUUUUGCUUUUUGUUUUUUUCUCCUGUAAAUAUUUGGAUGUGGUUUGACUUUCUUCAGAGAACCGCUGGCUUCAGUCUGAUCUUAUCGUCUAUCUGAAGGUCUUUAAACAAAAUGGAGGAAGACCUCCAUCCUCUGUGGCUCCGCCCCCUCUGUAACCCGACACCGCAGCGCUCUGAUUGGCCGUCAGCCCUCUGAGGCGUCCGUCUCCAUCAGCUGUGUAGAUAGUGUACAGUCGGACUGAUCUGAAGUCUGUUGAUGUUCUUUUGCUGUUAAACUGAUUGAAAACACAAACUGUUCUUUUUUUAUUUGAUUUAAUUUAACGUUUUUAAAGAGAUGACACGUGUCUGUGUAUUUUCAGCCUCAUAGUUUGUUUCCAACUAAACCAAAGUGUUAUUAAGAAGAUCUAUAUCUGUGUGUACAGUCAGUGAGCUGGGAUUCUCCUCCGUCUGUCUUCAGUUUGUCGUCCUCCUUUAAUCCUCAGUUCCUCCUCGGUUGUCCUUCGCUCUGCUUUUGUGUCUUUUCUUAUUUUUCUGAUGCAUGAACUGUUUGGACUCUGAGCGAUGUUCCUGAUCCAGACUGUGGUUCUCAGAACAAUCACCAUCAUGUUCCUCGACCGUUUCACUUCACCUGGGUUCAGUGUUUAAAGGAGCAGUCCGACGUUUUGGAGCAGAGCUAGCAGUUUCCCUCUGCUCCCAGUGUUUGUGCUAAGCUAGGCUAAUGAAGGACUGUUCCCCGUUUAGCACCGAAGACAAACUGGAGUGGUUCUGUUGUUUUUAUCAGAUUUGUGUGAAAUAAGUUCCCGUCAUGACAGAACCUGUCAGAACUGUUCUGCCUGAUCCGUCAUCGUUGGAGAACACUUUGGUAGUUUUCUGUGUAUCAUAAAGCCAAGAACACAAUAUUUCAUGCACAGCUGUUGUAUGAGGUGAGAUCAGAAAGUUCAGAGAAUGGUUUGACUUCAGCCUCCAUCUCUGCAGAGCUGCUCUGCUCCCAGAGCUCCUGCAACACUUCACCAGUCCCUGAAGUCCUGAUCUGGAACCAUGCUGGCUCCACCUGGGACCAGCCUGCUUCUGAGUCCAAGCAGAAGAGCUCCACCUGGGUGUAAUGUUGGGAGAGCAGCGUUGCAGUGGAGCGCUGUGUUGGCAGUGGGACUGUGGGGAUGAAAACGAAGCGUCCCUGAGCGGUCUGUGGACUUUCUGAUGGCAUCUCGUAUCCACAGAGCGUUCUGCCGAGUUUGUCUCGUGAAGGUGACCUGAGAACGUUUCCGCGUCAGAUCAAUGAAAUAUUUCUUAGAAAAGACGUCGUAAUGAUCUCAGCUCAGACGUUUAUCUCCAGUUUUUGUCUUUGUGUCUGUUUGUUGCGACUUGCUGAGCUUCAGAGCUGAAACAGGAAGUGGGGGUCCUCUGAGCUGCAGAAUGUAAAUACAGUCUGUCCUUCGUCCUGCCUGUGGACAAAAUGCAGCUUCUCUCUCCCAGUAAAAGUAUAUCCAGCCCAGUA